UGGCAGGACAGCUGGUGGUGGGAAUGGUCUCCUCACAGGUUGUUACCACAGUUGUGCUCCGUAGAUGUCUGAGACAGCUGAUUCUGGAAUUUACAAGUUGCUCUCACGUGGUUCAAGCGUACACCACCAAGUAUACAGGAACAAGGUGAAGAUUCAGAUUCCAAACUAUUGAUUCUGGGUUAGAACUUGUGGACCUGGUCUUCCUUUUCAAAGGAGAAAGCCAACAUGAAUCUUCUGUCUUGAAGCAAUUUUUAGGAUGGUCUACUUGUAUUUGUUAAAUUUGAGCAACAUUGAUUUCCAGGUUAAAAGAAGAAAACAAAUGCAAAGAAGAUCCUGAUUGAAAAUGAACUUUGGUAUAUGCCGGAAAGAAAAGUAAAAGCUUCAAAUUACACUAUUGUACGAGCCGCCUGCACAUGCUUAUCUGCCUGCUGGAGCCAUGACCUGGAGGGUGUGGUCUUUUAAACCUUGAAUUGCUCAGGUUUAUGCAAUUCAGCUUUUCUGUACCUUGUGUCAUGCCAUAGGCUUUGCCAUCUGACACGGCACCAGCCGCAGUCCGCCUGCAGCUGCGGGGCGAGGGCAGGCCCUGCCCGGCCUGGUGAUUCCACACCUGCAAAACUCUGCCAGCAGCGCAUGAGAGACACAGCAAAGCCACACAUUUUGUUACUGCUUUUUUGUUACCUGAAGUUUCUCCUAUUUUGUGCCAUGCUACUUCCAAGUGCAGCCUUCUGAAUUGCUGGGUUAAUAUUUGACAGUGGCUGGGAAGAGGCAGUGGGGUUCUGCCACUCUGCUUGGCGAGCCCUUCUCUUGCUAAUCUGCGGCCAGUGUAACUGUGGUGAUCUGACAGCACACAAGCCUUGCUACAGCUCUCACAAAUAGAAAACGGGUUGGGUGUUCCCACCUGCCCCUUUUUGAAUUGCAUCAAUUCUGAUUAUGAGCCAGAAAGAAGAAGAAAUGGAGGAUAGCUCCCUGCCACUCUGUGUCACCUGCGGCCAAGCACAUUUACCAGAAGAGAACCACUUGUACAGCUACACUGAAGAAGUAGAUGAUGAUCUGAUCUGCCACAUUUGCCUGCAACCUUUGCUUCAGCCAUUAGACACGCUCUGUGGUCACACCUUCUGCACAGCCUGCCUUACAAACUUCCUCGUGGAGAAAGACUUCUGCCCCAUGGACCGCAAGCUUGUGAUUCUCCAGACGUGCAGGAAGUCCAGCAUACUAGUGAAUAACCUCCUGGAUAAGCUAAUGGUUAGCUGCCCUUUCACAGAACAUUGCUCACAGGUUGUGCAACGUGGUCACCUUGAACAGCAUUUCCAAACCCAAUGUAAAGGAGCAUCCCACUAUGGCCUUACCAAGGAACGGAAGAGGCGCUCCCAGGACUGCUCUCCAGACCAUGGCUCCAGCUUAGCAGUAGCUUCCCUGGGCCCUGAGCUCUCAGCAGCUGCGGCCAUCGCCUUAAUGACAGAUGAGCCAGGGCUGGUGAACCCAGCCUUCAGCCCCACCUCAGAGGACAGCCAGCUGGGGAGCAGCCCCGGAGACCUGCACCGCAGCAACCGCAACAGAACUCGACACUUCGAACGUUCCACUAUAAGAAGCAGAUCUUUUAAAAAAAUAAACAAGGCAUUCAGUGUUCUUCGAAGGACAAAAAGUGGAAGUGCCGUUUCCAACCAGACUGACCGGGAAAGGGAGGCUGUUGGAAACUCUGCUGCUGGGGAGGAAGAUUCAGAAUGCUCCAUACAACCCCCCGUGAAAAAAACACAACACUCUGUGGGAAAACCUGGAAGAAUCACCAAAAACAAGAAAGAAAGUUUCCUUCUUUCUAGAUUCAGCAGCUCUUCGAUAUUUAAGGACUGGAAAUAUAAAAUGGUAAAGAAAGGUUUUCCCAGGUUGUAUCACCUGAUUCCAGAUGGGGAAAUUACCUGCAUUAAGAUCAGCCGUACCGAUCCCCAUGAGAACCUGGCCAUUAGGAUUGUGGGAGGCAGCGAGACCCCUUUGGUUCACAUUAUUAUACAGCAUAUUUAUCGAGAUGGGGUAAUUGCCAGAGAUGGAAGAUUACUGCCUGGAGACAUGAUACUAAAGGUAAAUGGCAUGGACAUCAAAAAUGUGCCUCACAACUAUGCCCUGUCAAUCCUGAAGCAACCCUGCCACGUGCUCCGACUGACAGUGCUCCGAGAGCAGAGGUACCGAUGCCGGAACAGCGGACUUUCCCUUGACGCUCACUGCAAUAGGGAUGACAGCUUCCAUGUUGUGCUAAACAAGAGCAGCCCAGAUGAGCAGCUGGGAAUAAAGCUGGUCCGCAAGACCGACGAGCCAGGGGUUUUUAUUUUCAACUUGCUGGAAGGUGGCAUGGCUGCCCGUGAUGGACAGCUGCAGGAGAACGACCGGGUGCUGGCCAUCAAUGGGCACGACCAUCGCUACGGCAGUCCAGAGAGCGCAGCCCAGCUGAUACAGGCCAGCGAGAAGCAGGUUCACUUCGUGGUGUCGCGGCAGACCAGGCAGCAGACCCCCGACCUCCUGCAGGAGACAGGCUGGAGUUACAACGCUGGCAGCUCCCAACCUUGUCCCGCCGAGAGAAACAACCCCGGCAAGAGCACUCUUCACACUGUCACCUGUCAUGAGAAGGUGGUGGCUGUCCGGAAAGAUCACACAGAAUCACUGGGAAUGACUGUGGCAGGUGGAGCAUCUAACCGGGAAUGGGAUUUGCCUAUCUAUGUGAUAAGUGUGGAACCUGGAGGAGUGAUCAGCAGAGACAGCAGGAUAAAAACAGGUGACAUCCUCCUGAACGUGAACGGCAUUGAUCUGACGGGAGUCAGCCGGAGUGAGGCCGUCGCCCUACUGAAGAACACCAACUCCUCAGUGGUGCUCAAAGCCCUGGAGAUGAGAGCAUGCGAAGCCCAGGAGGAGCAAGGUCACCUGCCACCCCCUGAGGACACACAGGUGACCUCUGAGAGCAGUGAGUGGUCACCGUCCUGGGUUAUGUGGCUGGGGCUGCCACGGUAUUUGUACAGCUGCAAAGAAAUCGUAUUACGAAGAAAUACAUCUGGAAGUCUUGGCUUCAGCAUCGUAGGAGGUUAUGAAGAACAUACUGGGAACAAACCAUUCUUUAUCAAAUCCAUUGUUGGGGGAACACCAGCAUAUAAUGAUGGCAGAAUUAGAUGCGGUGACAUCCUCCUUGCUGUCAACGGCAGGAACACAUCAGGAAUGAUGCAUGCCUGCUUGGCAAGGAUGCUCAAAGAACUAAAAGGAAAAAUUACUCUCACAAUUGUGUCCUGGCCUGGCACAUUUUUAUAAAACAAGUCUUCAUGGAGAGUAUGACAAGUAUCUUAACACGGGGAAAAAAUUUUUAAAAAGGAACAUCAGUCUUUGCUUUUUGGGGGGGGUCAAGUACGUAUUUAUAAAGAAAAGGUUUGUGAAAUUUCAACCUGCAUGUCAAGAAAAGUCAAGUUUAGGCAAAGCAGUGACACCUGUCAGAAAAUCACUUCAGAGUGAUCCAAGCUACAGACUUAAAUCCUUCCUCCCUGUGUUCUUAAGGAUUUUUUGUUGUUUUUUUAUACAUAUCUAUAUAUCUAUUUAAUGCAUUAUAAUAAUAAUAAUGAAAUCUAAGGAGCAACAGCUUCUGCUCACCUACUUUAUUUUGAUUUACAAAGAGGAAACCUUGAAUAACUUACGAAAUAUUUCUUGCAAUUUUUCUAGUUGCAAUAAUCAGGUGAAGGUUUUUAUCCAACACGUUAAUAGCACUUUGAUUAUGUGUACCUUUUCAUGGUCAGCAUGAAGCUGGUAUUUUCAAGACUUUCAAGUACUGUUUGUUAGUCUGUAAAACUGUGAAUGAAAUUUCUAAAAUAAUUAAAAAUAAUUGUAACUGUGUA